ACUACUAUAACGAACAUUGAAAGUAUUAUAAUUAAGGACAGCUGUUUGUGUAUUAUAGCCUCUAGUAACAAUGCCUGACCGCAGACGGCAGCGGCAACAGAGAGUUCGUCAAGAAGCUGGAGAUGAUCCUCGCUCAGUUGGUGCCAGCAAUAGAGAACCUGUAAAGCAGGAACCUCAACAAAACAAUGUUAGUCAGCCAAGGAAGCACAAUACUACUGGGGUUGCUUAUGCAGAACCUAAGGAGUAUGAAUCAGUUACUAUUAUGCCGGACAAAGAAGUCCAGGCACCACAAAAGUACCAACGACGUGAAAUACUAAGUAGCUGGCUUCGUUAUGAGGAUUUGCCCCCAGAAGAAGCAGGAGAAGAUGGAGAAGAUUAUCUUAUCGGUGAAGAUUUUUCCACAAUACUUGAACAACAAGUGAGUACUGGAGGACACCUCAUGUUAAAAGGAGAGAACCUGUUAGACGAUAAUGAAACCAGCAUCUUGAAAUCUCAUGGGAUUGGAUCUCUCCACGUCGCAGAUCUUGUGGCUGCUAUUAAUACAAUACCACUUCAAGUGCAGCUUAAUAUACCUGAAGCUUCUCUUCCGGUAAGUCUUAGUACUUUUGAUUUUAGUGUUCUUUAUCUUUAUAUUGUACACACUUCCAUACAAUGGUCGUUUUGUUCAUGA